UGUCAACUCAAUCGAGUCCUAUAGAAUCAUUUGGCUUUUCUUUGCGCACCGUCUUCAGUGGUUUUAACAUUGCAUUAUCUUGCGAAAUACACUCGAUUCUACAUUUUGUCGUAGCGUGCUAACGAUACAAGUCCAAUCACUCUGAGACUCGCAUAUCCCUCUCAGCCCUGGCUGGCCACUUUCGCUCAAGACUGAUCAUGACAUCGUCUACUUUAGCACAGAUUCUUCCACUAAUCGUGGUCGGUGACCUCGAUUUCCAGCGCUUAGUCCAAUCAUACCAGCAUCUACAUCCUGCCGAACACCCCUCGACAGCUUGAAUACGGAGAUAUACGUGUAGAAUGUCCUGAACCCUCAACCUUCCAAUAUGCGAGUCCCUUCCUGGCGCAUUCCCGCUGGUAUCUACAUAUAUAUCAACGUCGACUCCUAGAGACACUGGAAAUCAGCCAUCAUGGCCGUUUCUGUGCCCGAGGGACACACUCACCGUGAUAAUCACUAUUUUCCAAGAAUCAUUGGUAGCUCCGUCUUCAUUACACGCAGACAGGCAUUUCAGCUACAGACGACUGGGGGGAAUUUCAGACUUGCAUCGCGACACCCCACUCAAGGGCUCCCAGAACGCGUUCAGGCAUAUAAUUGGACCGUUGCGGCGGAGCAGCAUAGUCAUACAUCUGCACUGGAUGCCUACAACACAUAUUUCGACCUUCUUGACGGUCAUUUGGCAAUACGUGUCAGAUCGCUGCCUGUAGACGCAGCAUCAUGUGCCAUCUGUCAUGGCAACCUACGACAGGUAAUCGAACUCGCAGAGCAGGGUCGUGGCCAGCAGUGGUCACUGCCAUCUCGACUCAGGACUCCAGUUGAAGACCUCCAGUCAGCAAAUCCGACGCUGGCGCACAAUUAUUUGGAGCUGAGCAAACGCAUUCUCAAUGCUGUACAGAGAUCACCGACACUGCUGCUGCUGCUGGGGUGGCAACAGAGCAAUACCACACACAUCUAUCCUGGGUCGCAGAACGAUCUAAUAGUCCUCUUGACAGUAUGGGACAAGAUCAUGCUACUCAUCGUCAACGUCCUCCAACAUGAUUUGACCAUUCUCGAAUCUGGCCAUGUGCAACUGCAGCUUGCCAUUCACGUCCAUUCCUCUCCACGCAGCUCACACGUGGCGAACAAACGCAAAUCGGUAUCUAGACAGUUGAUGAAGAAAUAUGUGCCUCCGUCCUUGGUGACGAUCGGACAAGGAGGUGGUACCAGGGUUGUAAAAUAUGCGAUCAAGUUCAAAGACAAUCGUACCGUCUCACACCUUUGCGUACAUUACACAAUUAAACUAUACGGUAGGAAAGUUCCCGGCAUUGAUGACACCAUGAAGAUCCAGUUCACAUACUACCUCACUAUUCUUGCUGCCGCCGCCGGGGUGAAUGCAGCUCUUGCUAGUACAUGCAUAUAUGACUGCCAAGAUCCUGAUGCUGCCGCCAACUGCGGGGCAGGCUGGGGACUGGUUUGGAACACAAGCUUGGAACCAGGCCCCGAAGGUUGGGUAUCGGCGUUACUUAUCUUCGGUGAGAAUCAUCUUCCGUCAAAUCAAAGGAUGCGGGCGAUAAGAAUCGCGGCCUGUGCAAGUGCUUGUAAGAGCGAAGAGAAGUCGGUAUUAGACUGCAGGCGGGAGCCGGGAGAGGAGAAGGGACGACGUGAAAAUUUUGGCUGCAAUGGGCAAGGGUGUUACCAGAUGAUGGCGGCCCAUGUCAAAGAGUACCCGGAUAUUAUCGAUCGCAACAUUAAUAUUAUCCUGUAACGCCCAAGGAUGAGCGUAAAAAGGGCCAACAAAAAACACACAAAGACAAUGUCUAAAGUAGCUCUGGAGACUGGCAUUUUAUCACUCAGCUCUUUAAUGUCGUGCUUCAGCCUAGCAUUCGGACUUCAGUGCGCAAACUUUUUGACGUCGUGUUUUAGCCCAGCAUUUCCUGCUUCAGCUCAGCAAUGUCAUGACCAAUUUUUUCCUCCGUUGCCUCGAAUCUACGAA